GUUAAAAUAGGUGCACACACACACCUCAGCUCAUUCUCACCUGUUGAAGACAGGAGUGCGGAUACACUGAGACCCACACACACACACACACACACACACACACACACACACACCAUGGAGAGUGUUGGGACGCUGCCAAGUGGAAUCUCAAUCUGCUGCUCACUCCCCGAUAUUCUGUUCCUUCCUGAACUUGUGUUUGGAGGCUUGGUGUGGAUUUUAGUAGCAUGUACGUACAUUUUCCCUGCUAACCCCCAGGCGUAUGUCAUGGCCGUUUCAUUGUUCUGUUUCUGCAUGACCUUCAUCUGGAUGAUGUCGUUCAUGUGUGGAGCUCAUCACAGCCGAUCCUCAUGGGCUGCUGCUGAUGUACUGUAUCAUGGUUUAGCUGCUUUGCUGUAUCUCAGUGCUUCAGUCUUUCUCGCCUAUAUCACCAUUUUGUAUGGACAAGCUUAUAAUGCUUCACCAUCGGAUGACACACUGAAAUACUACAGACUGGACAUCUCUGCUGUGGUGUUCUCCUUCAUCACCACACUGCUGUACACCAUUCACACCCUCUUCUCUGGCAUACGAUGGAAGAGCUUUUAAACCAGGGUGUUUCAAAUAAGUGUGUGUGAGAGAGUGUGUGUAUGUGAGAGAGUGUGUGUAUGUGAGAGAGUGUGUGUAUGUGAGAGAGUGUGUGUAUGUGAGAGAGAGUGUGUGUGAGUGAGCGAGAGUGUGUGUGUGUG